AGUGGAAUGUUACUUUUUUUUUGGUUGCCUUAAAUUCUUAUUGGUUAUGUAGAUUGUUAGAGGCCUGCUCACUUUUAUUUUUCCUUCCUCUUUUAUACACACUCUUAAGAUUUGUCUUGUCCAUAGCUGAGAAGGAGUUCAGAGGUUGCAUCUUCUCCAAGGCCAUAUUAUUUCUUUUGUCAUGUAAAUCAGACCAGUGGCUUCAGUCAUUUUGAUUGGAAAAAAAUUUCUUGAGUUCUUUCUUCAAUCUUUAUUGAGUAAUAAAGAUUCAGUUGGAGAUGUUGAAACAUUUAUUUCCCAAAUGCUAAAAGGAGAAAAUCUAUCCAAGAAAGCAAAAGAAAGAAGGGAACUUCUUCUUAAGAAGAUAGAGGAUGUUAAGGCAAGUUACUCUCGGGAGUUCCCGGAGGAAGAACCGGAAGAUGAGGACAAGUCUGAGAACUCUCUUUCUUCGCCUCCUGAUAGUGUCUCAAUAGCAUCUUACCGAUACGAUAAAGAGGAUGAAGCACCUUCUGAUGGGAAUCAGUUUCCUCCUGUUGCAGCUCAGGAUCUUCAGUUUGUUCUGAAGGCUGGAUACUUGGAAAAACGUAGAAAAGAUCACAGUUUUCUUGGCUUUGAAUGGCAAAAGCGUUGGUGUGCUAUCAGUAAGACAGUCUUCUACUAUUAUGGAAGUGACAAAGACAAACAACAGAAAGGUGAAUUUGCCUUAGAGGGCUACACCAUCAGAAUGAAUAAUAGCCUUCGGAAGGAUGCAAAGAAAGAUUGCUGUUUUGAAAUCUCUGCUCCUGAUAAGCGCAUUUAUCAGUUUACAGCUGCCACUCCCAAAGAAGCAGAGGAAUGGGUAGAGCAAAUCCAAUUUGUAAUUCAAGAUACAAGAUUUAAUACUAUUCCUGAGGAGGAGGAGUACGAUGAUGUUGGACAAGAGAACAGUGAACUUACAGAUGAUAGCAUUUAUGAAGAACUUAAAGAAGAACGGGUUCCUUCAAAUGCUGAAGUGCCAAGAAAAGAGAGCCAGGAGGAUGUUACCACGGAUUCAGAUAGCGAAAAUAUCGAUUAUGCCAAUUUCUAUCUAGGUUUGUGGGACUGCACAGGAGAUGUACCUGAUGAGUUGACAUUUAAACGGGGUGACGUUAUCUACAUUCUCAGCAAGGAGUACGAUGAAUAUGGCUGGUGGGUAGGAGAAAUGAAGGGAACCGUUGGCUUGGUGCCUAAAGCCUACAUAAUGGAGAUGUAUGAUAUUUGAGAGGCCUGGAAAACUGUGGAAGGGGAUAGAUACUUGGACUCGGUUUGAUAUGCGUGUUUGAGGUUUUUUGGUUAAGGAUGAACUUUCAACUUCCCUCUCCCUAAUCAGAAGAAAUCUGCACUUGAAAUCAGGAGUGGUGUGCAGCUGCAGUUUACAGACCCAGCCUCUGAAGGAAGAUUCUGCUGUACACGUUUUGUGGUUUCAGUGAAUGUAGUCAGAUCGUUGCCUUGUGUAUAUUAAACAUUAUAAAUGUAAUUGAUCAUAAUUCUAAGGAAAUGUUCCUCUUAGUCACUUUUUAUAGAAUUGUAAUGAUCGGAAAUGAAAUAGAUGGUAAUUAACAUAUGGGGCACAAGCAGCCAUAUAGUGCCUGUUGCUCCUUAACAUGCUAGCUGUUUAUGUAUAGCUGUAGGUUUGUGUUCUUUCAGAGAAUUCUACUAUCUUUUCCUGUUCCUCAGAUUUAGAAAAAUUAAGCUGAACUUUGAGGGUAAACUAUUACUCAGUUCAUGCAUGCAUUAACCUCUUAAUGCUCAAUGUACAUCUUGUGCAGUUUCACUGGAAAAUCGAGGGAAAUUUAUGUGUAAUAUUGCAAGUCUUUAGGGUACUCUGUUUGCAAAUGUUUUCUUAUGUUAGGUUUUAGGUAAUGAUUUAUUUUUCUCACACAUUUAGUAUUGUAUUGUUAAUUACUAUUUUGUUGACACACAAUGAAGGCUUGGUUCUUUUGCUGAUGUAAUAAUUUGGCCUGUGUGGAUACCCUUCUGACUUGAAGAUGGAAUUCCAUGAAAAUUUGUGAAAAUAUAUUAAACCCCACAAUUUUUGCUAAGUCAACAUGAGCUAAAUUGCAGGUAAAACAUAUUUUUGUCCAUGGUAGAGUGGAAUAUUUUAUCUGUACCUUACAGAUACUUCUGCAGAGUCAAAUCUGGAUACCUUGGAAUUCUGAUACAAGUUGUGCAGCAGAUCAUCAGCACUAUGUGGAUUAGUUCCUGCAGUCUUGCUGUCAAAUCCAGAACUUCGUGGCUGAAAGCGUUGGUUGAAAUGUAAAAAUACGCUGAAAUACUACCACGUAUGGACAAGGGGUUUGGGCAAGUCAGAGUUAAUACUUUAAAUACUCUUGCUUUGGAGAUGUGCUCUGCCAUUAGCAUGCAAGAUCCACUUUUUUGAACCUUCCCACACAGUUGAUUUGUGAGACCCUUAAUCUGCCAAGGAGGCAGAUCAGGCCAGUCUGCGAGUUGCUGAGCCUGUGCAGGUCCCCAUGUAGUUGCUUGCGCUGUUUACGCUUGAGGCGGACCCUGAGAACAGUGUGGGUUAAAAGGGAAUGUUAGUCUGAACUGGGAAUUCUGAUCCUUUCAGUAAAGUAAGAUGUUGUGCUUUGUGUUAGGUAAUGUAUGGUCCUUGCUGGUACACUGGAUUCUAAUAGACGUCAAACAGGGUACGGAGUUUUGUUUUAAUUUUUUAAAAAGAGAUAGUCAUUGAAAUGGAUCCGGUGCGUUAUCAGCAAAGCAUUAAAAUGAUAGAUUAUAGUCUUCAGAUCUUUUACUACUUUAAUUUGUCAAGCGUACCGGUGGAUUGUGUACAGAAUGUGAAGCGUUAAUAGCAGGGCUGGAAACGCUCCUUCUCCCUUGUUAACAUGGCAGCGCCAUAAAUCUGCCCACCGGAAUGGCUUUUUAUUAAUUGCGUGAUUCCGAAUCCCUCCACCAUCACCACCUACUUUUUUUUGGGGGAGGGGGAUAAACCUCGUCCCUCCCUCCCUCCCUCCCUCCCCCCCAUCUCCCUGAGACCAAGUGCCUGCGGCCGAGACUCUGUUCAGCGUGGGGUGCCGGUGCCGAGCCGGGGCGGCCCCGUCCCGGGCCCUGCGCUGCGCGGCGGCGGCGCUGGGUGGCAGCAAAUUUUCGUGGGACGGGAGGAGGCGGAGGCGGAUCCCGAUCCCGUCCCUGUCCCCUUCCCCCCUCCGUGCUGCCCCGCGCCGCUUCUGCCUUUUUUCCAGGAGAGGGAGUCCUUACCCAAGCGAUGAGGGUCAGGGCUGCCCAGAGCGGCCUCUCCUGGGUGGUGGCAACCAAAGAAAUCAAGUGGCUUUUGUCUGUAGUUCUGCCAUAGGGCUUCCCUUCUUGGUACUUGGGGGAAGGGGGGAGGGGAAGUAAGCAAACUGCCUUAACAUUCAAAACGUGAAAGAUGUCCUGAAACGCACAUGGAAAUGUCUUGGAACAACGGUUCGAAUGAAUGGUUUACUUUAAAUCGGUGUAAAUGAUGUAACCUUUUUUGGAUAAGAAAAUCUCUGUUAAUACAACUUAAACUCAGAGGUAGAAAAUGCUAAUUGCAUUAUUUUCUUUGUUCGCUCAGGUUGCACUUGCCUUUCCAUGAGCAGUGAGACAGUGAAUUUUAUAAAAGGUGAUUGUAACUCAUAUAUUGUACAGCCUUUUACUUGAUUAUUUGUUCUGUUCUGGAUUUGUACGAUCCUGCCAUUAGAUCUUAUAAUAAUGUUCUACUCUGCAAAUUUUUAAGGUUCAAAUAAAGUUUAAUUGUUUGCAAACUGUUAUGAUGCUAAUAAUUCAACAGCCUGCUGUGUUACUAAUGAAAUUACUUUGUUAUGAUUAAUUUGGAAAAUAGUGUGUUGAUUGUAGUAAUUAAGCACAACAAGGUGAAGUAAAUGAUUCUAAUGCCAUCUGGCCUCCAGACUGAAUGAAGAAAUGAAAUGGGGCUGUCAUUUGCAUUUAUUCAGAGAAGUAAGGGUAAUACAAAUGCUUUCUAUAGCAGAAG